AUGAUUCGACGUGUCCCUCAAGAUCCCAUUGAUGAUAUCACCCAGGGGUCGAAAUACCACUUCUUCGAGCUCUUCAGACUUGGCGGGUUCGAUGUCAAAGCCCUUCCAUUGUUGAGCUGCUACUCCAUCAAUAACAGCUCCAUUUCGAGUGAUAAUUCCAUCUUCCUCCAAUUUUGCACGUACUCGAGCGACUUCUUCUUGAGAAACACUUGUUUUGAGACGAUUGAAUGGAAGCUUGAGGACCUUUUUCAAGUUACGGAGAACAGCGGUGCGGGACAGGUUAAGGUCUCCCGUACAGUGAUCGCUCUGCGUAGUACGGCGGGCGACAAUGGAAUUUGUGGGGAUGUCUUGGGAUCAACUGUCGUGGCGGACGUUGGACUCUUCUACCAGGAGGACAUCGUGCAAAGGACAGGAUCUCCAAAUUCCUACGGAAUUGUUCUAAGAUGCUGGCACGAUGCGGAAGAACUCCCACCUCCGCAUUCUUUCAUGGACCCACUCAUGCGCCCGCUGGAACCAGGCGAAGUCGGUGUAUCGUUCUUUCCAAACGGCGUCCGCGAGAUCCUCCCAGAGUCUGAAUUCGUCCUGGUCGAUCGCACAUUCCAGGCAGGAGAUUAUUGCAAACGCAGUGUCGAUGAUGUCCGCUCGGGUGUCGUUACUGCUAUUGAAGUAAUGGCACGCCUCGUUCACGCUGUCAGUGGGGCGUCUGUCGAAGGCUGGAAGAGUACGUGUGAUCUUGAACAUUCUAUGGACGUCGACAUUGGUGAUUAUGUCGUCUAUAACGAUUGGGUUGGUCAGCUAUUUGAUGAAAAUAUAGUAGAAAUGUCUGGCGGUCAGCUGGUUCGACUUCCUGAACUUAGUUCUCGAUUAACUGUGGGCGACAAGGGCAGUGAUAUUCUGCCACCUCCAACAGCGAGCUUACAAAGCAUAUUCAGUUUUGCUAUGGGUACAAAUCGGCCCAGUAAUCUCGAUACAGUCGUGCAAGUGAAACAUACAGUACUUGCGGUCUGCUGGCUGGCGGUUAACCAGAGUGUACGUAUCCAGCCGAUCUUUUACCUCGACCCUGAAGUAGCAGAAGCCCAAAGUCGACCUGAUCGUUUUUGGCACGGAGAGAGUCUUUCGAAGCUUAUGAUCAUCCGGACGAGAACCGAUGACAUACGUGUGGGUGACAAAGUCUUUCUGAAGAACGAUGAAGGGGUUUCUGUUACUACACAUGGUCAGAGUUCAGAUCCAGCUGGUAUCGUGACUGUUCGGACGCUUGCCGUAAAAGAAACUAGGACGAGGGUCACAGUUCUUUGGCAGGAUGGGACGGCGGAAACUAUUCAAUCGACAGCGCUCAUUCCAUACAUGAACCCCGAUGAAUACGACUGCUGGCCUGGUGACCACGUGUUGUGGAGAAACGAAGAUCAGAAACGAACAGCUGUUGUUCAGUCGGUGAAUGCUGCGGACAGAAUUGCCACAAUACGCUUUACGGAUACCGGUACUACUGAACUAGCGUCUGUCCUUGAACUUGACCCUAAUGGGAUGAGUGACCUAUCGCUGGUUACCGCCCACCCUCAUAUUCAUGGUCUCGGCGUUCGGCGAGGGGAUUCAGUGUUCAUACAUAAAGAGGGAUCCACUAAUAGUGUCGAAAGUCCGAGGGUACCGAGGAUAGGAGAAAUUGAACACUGGGUUCGCGAACUUCCAGUAUCAUCCGACGGACAACUGGGCGGCUGGAGGCGCGAGAUGUCUGAUAUUGGCGCCCGCAUAGCAACUGAUCGUAUGUCGGGUGAUCCUCCCGAAAGCCGUGUCCAGCAGCCUCCGAUGGACGACACUCUGUCGUGGUUUGGAGAGGUGACGGGGCUCAGGUUGGAUGGGUCUGUGGAAGUCACACAUCCCAAUAUGAAGAUGUCCGUGUAUCCUCUCGAGCGCUUGACAAAAUUGUAUGAUAGCCUGGAACAAUUCGAAGAUGAUGCCUGGGAUGAUGAGAUGUCGGAGGAUCAAGAGUCCGUCGAAGAAGGAGGCGGUGUCUGGUUCAAGGAAGAAGAUGGCGUCUGGAAAAUCGCCGAUCAGGGAGGUGAUGGAGAUGAGUGGGUGGAAACUGAUGAUGAAGAUAGCUCUAUGGAUGUUGACCCUCCAUCAUGGCAUGAACCUAUCGCUACCGCACAGCCCGUCAAUGGUAUCAACGGCCACCCUCCACCACAAAUCACCACGAUCUCAGUCGACUCAUCUAACUCGGCUGACUCCACAACAGCCUCUCCUGCGUCGUCUUCAGCUACAAGGAUUCUAUCCCCGGAUGUAGUUCCAAAAAAUAUAGUGGCGGACGAAAACGGCGAAGAGAAUGAAGAGAUGUCUGAUGGUCAGACCCCUUGGAAACAGUUUGAGAUGUUAUCAUCUGCGCCUCCCGAUCAUGCCUUCUACGGCAGCGUCCCUGCUCAACCAUCCAAGGCUUUCCUUGGACGGCUCCAGAAGGAAUAUCGUGCUUUAUCAAGCAGCUUACCAGAUUCAAUCAUUGUCCGUGCAUACGAGGACCGUACAGACCUUUUGCGGUGUCUGAUUAUUGGACCCGAGAAUACUCCUUACGAGGAUGCACCUUUCGUCAUCGAUUGGAUGCUUGAUGCGGGUUUCCCACAUAGUCCACCUAUAGCACAUUUCUGGAGCUGGACAAAUGGGAAUGGACGCGUCAAUCCAAAUCUAUACGAAGAAGGCAAAGUCUGCUUAUCCAUCCUGGGCACUUGGGCUGGCGAUAGGAACGAGACAUGGAGUGCGGCGCGCUCGUCCUUGCUUCAAGCAUUUGUGUCCAUUCAAGGACUAGUCCUUGUAAAAGAGCCAUGGUUUUGCGAGCCUGCCUACGAGAAGCUGAGAGGUACUGAAGAAGGGCAUGUGAAUAGUCGUUUAUAUAACGAGAAAGCGUAUGUGCUUUCUCGUGGCUUUGUCAGACGGGCCCUGGAGAUUCCUCUGGGUGGUUUGGAAUCUGAGGUGAACUGGAUGUACUAUACGAACGGGAAACUGGCGAAGGUUUUGUCCCACUCCCAUGCACUGAUCGAGAAGAGCAAAGCAAACCCGGAAAGUCUUGAUCUAGACCUGGAUCUUGCUGUUCCAAGGCUAACAGCAGGAGGUAUAUUAACGUUGGAGCGAACACUAGCGAAACUACAAGCUCUUUCUCAAGGACGGACUUUGAAAUAGGAGCGUACACAUGGAUUACAUUUCUUUCUACAUCUCGUCUUGUCUGUUAUAUUUUCUCAAAAAUUGGAAUUAUUGGAAUUGUAUCAUUGUAGAUUUUCUUUGCGGUAAACAAUUAUU